AUAUAUAUAAACACAUUUCAAAUAACGUAAUUUAAAGCAUGUAAUAUACCAUGGAGCACGUGAUGACGUAAAAGAAUCACUGACUCUUUUUGGACCCGGCUCUUUAACAUGAAUUGUUCAAAAGAACCGAUUCGUUCUUACCGCCAUAAGCUCACUGAACCACCGCUCGAACGCGCAGCGGCAGAGAUUUUAAGCGGUCAUGUGGUCAUUUAAUCUCAUCAUCACAAUAGAGCCCCAAAUGAUGAAAGUGACUACAGGGUCUGGAUAAGCAUACUUCGCUCUGUUAAAACUAAAACAAUCAUUUGAACACGUUUUGGAAUGAGUGUUUCGUGCAACAAACGAUUAAAUGGUCCACCACAGAUUGCGCGCACUAUAGUACCAAUGAUGUCACCAUGACAACCGUAAGGCUUGCAGAGUCAGUCAGAUGUGCGCGAGAGAGACAGGCAAACACACAGCAGCAACACUAUCAUCCUCUGUGUGGCGAACACAAGGACGCAGACCAAGACAACCAUGAACCCAGAAGUCCCUCAGCCACCUGUGAUUGGGAAGGUCAGUCACCACAGUAUCGAGCUGAGCUGGAUGAAUGAAGAGAACAAACCUCGAACUGGCCCCCCUGAACACUGGAGCCACUUCUCUGUAGAGCAGAUGGACCCCAAAACACAUAAAUACAGCACCAAAUACAUAGGGUACGGCACCUAUCAUGUUUUAGAGGGAUUGGAGUCCAGCACCAGUUACAGUUUUAGACUGAAGGUCACCAGGCCAUCGGGGGAGUGCAGCUUCAGCCCUGCGGUCUCUGUCUUCACCACCCGAGAGCCGUACUGUGGGAAGAACCUCCACCAGGCAGUGAACAGGGAGGAUGAGGAGGAGCUGACCACAGUGCUACAGUCAGGAACGGUCGAUGUGGAUGUUCAUGACAAAAUGGGUUUCACCCCUCUCAUGGUGGCAGCACAGAAAGGUUUCACCAGCUUAGCAGACAUUUUGGUGAAGCAUGGAGCUGAUAUUAACAAGAGAGAAAGCACUGGAAAAAACAGUUUAAUGCUGGCCUGUUACGCCGGUCACCUGGACACAGUGAAGUAUCUGCGUAACUGUGGGUCAACAUGGCAGUCUCGAGACACGGAUGGCUGCACACCGCUCCACUGGGCUGUGGAUGGAGGACACCUGCCUGUCAUUACAUAUAUGAUCCAAGAUGGUUGUAAGGUGGAUGUGAUGGAUAAAGUGUCUCUCUGGACUCCUCUCAUGCGUGUGUCAGCCAUCAGUGGGAAUGCUGCGGUGGCCUCCGUCCUCCUUCAGGCUGGAGCUGAAGUAAACGUCCGUGACAAGGCUGGCAAGACACCACUAAUGGUUGCUGUGCUGAAUAACCAUGUGGAGCUGGUGAAACUUCUGCUAGACAGUGGGGCAGAUCACCAUAUGAAGAAUGAGUAUGGAGCAGGUGCAGCGGAUAUGGCAAAAGCUUUUGGGAGACAGAACAUCAUAAACUUGCUGGAUAAAAUAAGCAUGGAAGAUUCAAAUCGACUGACAUCAAUGGGACAGUUCUGUUAUGGAGAAAAGAAAUGAUCUUUAUCUUAAUGUCAUGUUUUACAUAUUACAUGAUAAAACUUUAAUGUUUCUGCAGUGUAAAAUAAAAUGAAAUUGAAUUCACAAUAGUAAAA